ACGAGGCAUAAAAGUCAGAAUUGCUCACAAAAGAAAUAAAAGCUGAAACGCAAACAAUCGUCUAACUUCACAAGCUAAAACAGAUUCACAGCAAAUGGCUCUUUCUCUCCAUAUGCAGUGACAGGCUGGGUUUCCUUUCAGCCAGGGGCCCUGCCUCCCAAAGUUCAGUUCUUCAGGAGUUGUUCAGAGAGAAGAGGGGCAGGAGAGAGAGAGAGAGAGUCAGGUGUUUUCCCCACCUCUUUUUAUAAUUCAGGCCUUGGUGCUAGAAACAUCUGCAGUGUUCAGCUGAGUCGUGAUGACGGGCUGUCUGUCGUGGAUGUGAGGUUCAAAUCCUCCCUGUGAUAAAAUAUAAACUUCCCGCUCACGCCUUCUCCAGCUCACUACUGGAGAAUGGCCAUUUAAUCUGCUGUUGGCUUUGCUGGCUCUGAGGAACUGGGCUGUGGCUCUUCCCCAGAACUGUAACAUUUUUUUCAGUAACAUCAUGCAGUAAAAUCUUCUCUCUUUUGUGAUGGGGUCAAGCCAGCCGGCUACAGGAGAGUUGUGGAAGGCAAGUAUAUUAGCCCCAGGAUAAGCAGGUUCCUUUUCCCCUGGCAACUGAACAGGGGUUACUCCAGGUUAAUUAAGACACCUGAGGCCAAUCAAGGGGCCUGCCAGAAUCUGUUAAGAGCCUCCCCUCCAGCCAGAUAGGAGCACGUGAUAGGUGCUGUGGGAGGCAGGCAGGCGUACUACUGGAGAGCUGGGCGGUGCAGACGCUGAUGAGCACCGGGAGGGAAACCCCACAGGUACAGAGGCGAAGGGCUGGGGAAACCCUACCCGACACGGCAAACAGCCCUUCGGGGGAGAGAACCCACCAGAGGGGAGAGACUGAACUGGGUACCUGGCCUGUCACCACCGUGCCCAGAGGGGCUACCAGAGAUUAAGAGGCUGCCCUCCCCUUCCCCUGUCACAAAGGCCGUGCGGAACCCUGCUCAGGCAAGGUGUGAACAGUAAACCCAGGGGCGUGGGGAAAUCCUGAGGGGGAGACAAAUACCCCAGCCCGCCACUAAGAGGAAGUACACAACCGGCUGAGCCGCAGAAAGAGCUCUGUCACACUUUGUAUACGCAGUGUUUCUAUUUUAACACACAGUUUAACAAGACAAUAAUGUUCAGCGUAUUAUGAGUUUCCAGAUGAUGCCUGACAAGGCAUACUUUGUACAAAAUAUAUCAUAAUUUUGCAAAACAGUGAAUACAGAGUUACAGACUGUCGCAGUGUCUGUCUCUGUGUGUUCCUAGCAGAUAUGUGUGUAUUUCAGUCUCUCUUGAGCAGAGUGUUUUGCACCUUUGAGAAACUGGGGAGCUGGCCCUGGGAUUUCACUGGUUUUCAAAGUACUGGGUUUUAAAUCAAUAAUUAUUUUUCAUGACAAAGUCUUAUGAAUUCACUUGAUCUCCUUUGUUUUCUUUCAUCUGAGUAGGGUUUCCAGUUUCCAAACCUGAUGUCAUCUCCCAGCUGGAACAAGGGGCAGAGCUGUGGGUCCCAGACCUCCAGGGUUCAGAGGAAAGAGAGAUCCUCAGAGGUCCCUGCACGGGUGAUGUGUCGCUGAGUGAGAAUGAGGAGCAGAAGUCUCAUAAGGAAGAUACUGAGCAAGCGGAACCACACGGAGCUUUCUCAAAAAUAUCCAAAAGGAACAUGUGCAGAAGUCAUGAGGAGAGAAAAAGCUGUGAGAUUAGGCGCAGGACAGAGACAGAGCAGGGAAACCAGCCAGGGGAGAAAUUGAGUACAUUUAUUUACUGUUGGGGAACUCACAAGGACCACAAAGAAACCACAGUCCAGCAGAAAAUCCUCAGAGGAAAGAGAAAAUACACAUGCCCUGAGUGUGGGGACAGCUUCAGUGACGGCUCCGCCCUUAUUAAACAUCAGAGACUCCACAUGGGAGAGAAACUCUACGAAUGCUGCAAGUGCGGGAAAACCUUCAAUCGCAUUUCACACCUCACUCGACAUCGGAGAAUCCACACGGGAGAGCGCCCCUAUGAAUGCUGUGAGUGCGGGAAAGCCUUCACUUGCAGCUCACAGCUCACUAGACAUGAGAUAAUCCACACGGCAGAGAGACCCUAUGAAUGUAGAGAGUGCGGGAAAACCUUCACUCUCAGCUCGUAUCUCACUACCCAUGAGCGAAUGCACAGGGGGGAGAGGCCCUUUCAAUGCUCUCAGUGUGCGCAAAGCUUUACCAGGAGCUCAUCCCUCAUUAGACAUGAGAGAACGCACACGGGAGAGAGACCCUAUAAAUGCUGUGAGUGCGGGAAAAGCUUCACUUCCAGCUCAAAUCUUAUUCAGCAUCAGAGAAUCCACACUGGGGAGAGGCCCUAUGAAUGUGGCGAGUGCAGGAAAGCCUUCAAUUGCAGCUCAGAGCUCACUAGACAUGAGAGAAUCCACACGGGAGAGAGACCCCAUGUGUGCAGCCAGUGCGGGAAAACCUUCGCUCUCAGGUCAGAUCUUACUACCCAUGAGAGAAUCCACACAGGGGAGAGGCCCUUUCAGUGCUCUCAGUGUGGGAAAACCUUCACUAGGAGCUCAGACCUUACUAGACAUGUGAGAAUCCAUACGGGAGAGAGACCCUAUGAAUGCUGUGAGUGCGGGAAAAGCUUCAUUUGCAGCUCAAAGCUUAUUCAGCAUCAGAGAAUCCACACAGGGGAGAGGCCCUAUAAAUGCGGCGAGUGCGGGAAAACCUUCAGUUGCAGUUCAAAGCUCACUAGACAUGAGAGAAUGCACAGGGGGGAGAGACCUUAUGAAUGCCGUGAGUGCGGGAAAACCUUCACUUACAGCUCCGAUCUUACUACCCAUGAGAGAAUCCACACGGGGGAGAGGCCCUUUCAGUGCUCUCAGUGUGGGAAAAGCUUCACCAGGAGCUCAGACAUCACUAGACAUGAGAGAAUCCACACGGGGGAGAGACCCUAUGAAUGCCGUGAGUGCGGGAAAAGCUUCAUUUCCACCUCAAACCUCAUUAAACAUCAGCGAAUCCACACUGGGGAGAGGCCCUAUAAAUGUGGGGAGUGCGGGAAAGCCUUCAAUUGCGGCUCACAGCUCACUAGACAUGAGAGAAUCCACACGGGAGAGAGACCCCAUGAAUGCUGAGAGUGCGGGGAAACCUUCACUGACAGUUCAAAUGCUGCUCAACAUCAGAGAAUCCUCACAGGCGAGAAAUCCUGUGAACGCUCUGAGUACGGGAGAACCUUCACUCUCAGCUCACACCUUACUAGAUAUUGGAGAAUCCACACGGGGGAGAGAUCCUGUUAAUGUGAAUUCGGGAAAACCUCACACCUCAGUACUAGGGCUGUCCGUUCAUCACGUGAGUGAACUAUCAUUAACUCAGAAAAUGAAUUGCGAUUAAAGAAAUUAAUCGUGAUUAUUCACAGUUUUGAUCGCGCUGUUAAACAAUAGAAUACCAAUUGCUAUCCAGAAAUAUUUAAAUACGUGGUAUUCUAUGAUCGUUUAACUGUGCAAUUAAUCAUGAUUAAUUUUUGUAAUCAUUACUCACUGCACAUCAGAGAAUCCACACGGGAGAAGGCUCCUAUAAAUGCUGCAAGUGUGGGGAAACCUUCAGUUGCAGCCUCCAGCUCACUUGACAGCAGAGAAUCGACACGGGAAAGAGACCCCUUGAAUGCUGUGAGUGUGAGAAAAACUUCACUCAGAGCUCAGCCCUUAUCAGAAUCUGCGAGGGACUUAAACAUCAUAAAAACCUCUAGAGCUAUCAAGACAUUUUUUCUUUAACACUUUCGCUGUUCCCAUGUAGUAACCUUUAAAGCUGUUUGAGCCAUUUAUCCCUCAGCUUGUCCAGGUGAUUUGCUCAUUUUUCCCUUGGGCAGCUCACCCUUUUCUGGGGUGGACCCGAUUGUCCUUUCUAGCCACUCCAUUGUCCUCUGAGUAAUGGGAGUUUGUCUCUCCUUCCAUGAAACCAGGAGCAUCACAUUUAUAACGUUCCUCUUAUUGUACAAUUAUUUUUUAUAGUCACCAGUGAUGCCGAUUGUAUCAUUCUCAGUUGUUCUCACAUUGCAGUGGAGUGUGCUCAAUGGCAUUUUUGGACCCUUUUUUUCAUUUAUGAUAUAUUUAAAUAUAAUUAAGAGAAGCAGGGGCAGGAAAAACAAUAUCAUUUCAGCCUUUGUGACACUGGAAGGAGAUGAGGUGAUUCAGAAAGAUUCCCUCCUUCCCCAUCGUUCCAGAACUGUUACCGCCUCUCUGAGCCAUGCAGAGUUUAUCUUCUUCACGUUCUGUCCCUGCGCCUCUCAGAGUGUUGUGUGGUGCAGUGUUCUCAGCUGUCUGUGCUUGGAGAAGGUGCUUUGACUUGUUUAGUCAGUCAUGGGGAGAAGAAAGUGUCAGUUCCUGGAAGGGGAAUUCAAAUGGAUCCCAAACACAGAGUGAUCAUUUGGAUUUUAAAUCCCAGUUUCUGCUUAUUGGCAAAGCCACUUUGGGGAAGGUUAGAUGUUUUUUACCCUCAUUAUGAGGAUGCUAAAACUUUUGUAUAUAACAACUGAAUAAUGAGACACUGCUGAGUGAAGCAGGUUUGAAUGGAUCAGAGGAGAAUCUGAUGGGAGAAUCUCUUGUCUUAAUUCUGAGUCAUCAGACGUAACCUGUUCUGGAAUUUCACUUGGUAUUUUCAUUUUCAUUUAGUCUAUCGGUGAUGUGGGUUUCUAUCUUUCCCGAAGGCUGUUUGGUCACACAGCUGGAGAUUUGUUUAGUUGGACAGGCUGGAGCUCAGAUUUAUUGGAGACUUUGAGACAAAUGACCAGUUGCUAAAGUCAUUACUUCUCACUCUAGUGCUGCUUUUCCCCCAUCCCUCCAUGAUGACGUGGAGAAAGUUCAAGUGCCGUUCACUCAACAGGAGACAACUCUCCAAUUUACUGGCCAUGCUAACAAAGCAGCAGCAGUGAUUUAAAAUCUCCACUGGGAAAUGGUGAACAGCAGCAGAACCCCAACUAACUGAAGCAAGUGCAGAUAUCACAGUGGAGUUCAGUUGUUUAAGCCAGCGGUUCUCAAACUUCAUUUCACCGUGACCCCCGUCUGACAACAAAAAUUGCUACAGGAUUCCCCCCCCCCCGCCCCCAGCAGAAGCUGAAGUCAGAGGGCUUCAGCCCCAAGCAGCAGUGCAGUAGCCUCAGCCCCAUCCUGCAGGGGGGAUGAAGCCACAGCCCGAGUCCUGCCAUGUGUGGGGGCCAAAGCCCUCAAGCUUUGGCUUCAACCCCAGGCAGCGGGGCUUGGGCUUGGGCUUCAGUCCAGGGUCUAACGCCAGCCCUGGCGAUCCCCUUAAAACGGUUUGGGAACUGCUGGUUUAGUCAGUAUUGUCUCAGAUGAUCCGCGGAAGAGAAUUCCACAGUCUGACUUGGAACUAGACAAAAUGCUUGUGUGCCGUUUUGGUUCCCAGAGCACUUGUAACCCAGGCCCUACGAAGGUGUCUCCUAGCUAAUCCUGUGUUACGGGAAAUGCUGCCCUUCACGAUGCAGAUGUGGAGGAAACAGAAGUGGGGGGUUGGUUUGUUUUUGUUGAAUUUACCCUAACCAGUGUCACAGCAAGGAUCUUUCUAGCAGCUGGAAGUAUAAAAGAGGGAGAACGACAUCAUCAGUUGGCCUCUCCCCACCUCAUAUCAACACCUGAAAGGUUGUCUGGAGGACAAAGACUUUGAACUGGGGAGCUUGGUCCCAGGCUGGAAGGGAGUUCAGUCCGAGUACCGAGAACUGUGAGCUGCCUGUGACGUCUCUUAGGGAAAGACUGUUUGAGUCAAAUCUUGCUUAGUCUGUUAAAGUUUGAAUUUAAA